AUGGUGUCAUUCUACCACACCGCCGUCGUUGCGGCCACUGCUUUCCAGGGUGCUCAGGCUUGGGGUGUCUUGGGCCACGCCACCGUCGCUUACAUUGCGCAAAACUACCUGACCAACGAAACUGCUGCUUGGGCUCAAGGUAUUCUCGGGGAUGAUUCCGACUCGUAUCUGGCCACCAUUGCCUCCUGGGCUGACCAGUACCGCGCCACCACGGCCGGCAAGUGGUCUGCGCCGCUGCACUUCAUCGACGCCGAGGACAACCCGCCGUCGUCGUGCAACGUCGACUACGAGCGCGACUGCGGCAGCAAAGGCUGCUCCAUCUCCGCCAUUGCCAAUUACACGCAGCGCGUCAGCGACGGGCGCCUGAGCGGCGACCACCACGACGAGGCGCUCAAGUUCCUCGUGCACUUCCUCGGCGACGUCACGCAGCCGCUGCACGACGAGGCGUACGAGGUCGGCGGCAACGACAUCAAGGUGACCUUUGACGGCUACCUGGACAACCUCCACGCGGACUGGGACACGUACAUUCCGCAGAAAAAGGUUGGCGGCUCGAAGCUCACGGAUGCGCAGUCGUGGGCCAGCGCGCUCGUGGGCGAGAUUGAGUCGGGCGCGCUCAAGGGCCAGGCCGCGAGCUGGAUUUCGGGAGACGAUGUUUCAAACCCCAUCGCCUCGGCUACGAAAUGGGCCUCGGAUGCCAAUGCCUACGUUUGCUCGGUCGUCAUGCCCGGUGGCGCGGCGGCGCUCCAGCAGGGCGAUCUCUACCCGGACUAUUACAACUCGGUCAUUGGGACGGUCGAGCUGCAGAUUGCCAAGGGCGGCUACCGUCUCGGCAACUGGCUGAACAACAUCUACAGCAGCAAGGUAGCUAAGCGCAGUGUUGAUGCUGUGCUGCCUGACCUGUCUGGCCGCGAUCUUCUUCCCGCUGACCGCCCGCUGAGCCGUGCGAAGCUCGCGAGGGAGGCGAUGGGCGAGAAGUGCUGCAACCACAGCCACUAA